GAAAAUAUUAUUAUACAUGUAUACGGCACUAUGGAUCAGUGAAUAUUACAAAAAGGCUCAACAACAGUUGCCGAGACUGCAUUGAUAGUGUGGGCCUAUUUCUACUUCUAAUAUGUCUGGAUGUUAUGAGGGAGUGUUGUGGCAUAUACAACGAGUACCACGAGUACUACUACUAUACAACGGCGAAUGAUAACACACAGGACGAGACUAGGGAGAAAUCAUGCAAGAGUUACCAGGCCAAGAUGGGGGUCUUUACGGGUGGGUUGCAGUCUUGACAGCGUGGACUGUCUAUUUAAUCUGGACGGUUUUCUUUAAAGGACUUGGGAUAAUGUUUCCAACUUUGCAGGAGCAGUUUGGAACAACUACGGCACUCACUGGUUGGGUAAUUGCAGCAAUUGGCAUCACAACGGGAGUGACAGCCCCCUUUGCCGGACUAGUUGGCCGACGAUUUGGGACCGGUGUCUCCAUUAUGAUGUGUGGGUUCAUGGUCGGUGCUGCGUGUGUUGCCGGAUCGUUUUCAUCUAGCAUUGUUCAGCUCGCUUUGAUAUUAAUGGUGUUUGCAAGUUCUGGACUUGGAGUAUCACUUGUUCUCUCCAAAGCAGCAAUUGCUCAUCGGUUUCAAACAAAUUUUGCAACAGCCGUCGGAGUUUCUAAAACAGGAUCUUCCAUAAGUUUACUUUUAUUUGCACCUCUGACACAACUCUUCCUGGAUACGUACGGCUGGAGUGGCACCUUGUUGCUUAUUGGAGCAAUCUCGUUUCAUAUUGCCGUAUGUGGCGCCCUCAUGGUCGUUGUUGAAAAGAGGAGGACAUCUGGCGUGAGAAAUUAUCACAAGAUUGAACAAGAAGAAAAUCAAUCUGGGCAAGAAACCAACCACCGAUGUAGCACAUUGUGGAAGUAUGUGGUCGACAGCUUGGAUAUGAAUCUACUUAGCAAUCCGCGUUAUUGGGCAGCAGCAGUUAUUUAUUGUUCUACCUUUGUAUCAUUCGAUAUGUGGACAAUUUUCUUCGUGUCGAUGGCUCAAUCGAAAGGAUUCUCUCCCGAAGAUGCGGCGAUAUUUGUCGUCGUUGCGGGCGUAGGUAACUUGUUGUCCAAACUGAUUCAAGGAUUCAUCGUAGACCGUGUAUUCAAGUCUUAUUCGGGUUUCAUGUUUGUGAUGUUUUUCACAUCAUCUUCUAUGUUCUGCGCAACUCCGUGGCUUGACACUUAUUGGCUCAUGAUGAUGUCAUCUUUCUCUGUUUUGUUUUGCCUUGGUGCCCUCACUUGUCUUGAGGAUCUUCUAUUCAAACAAGUCAUUGGUAAAGAGAGGAUGGUCGGUGUAUAUGGCUGGUUGGGGGUAAAGACAGGAGCUCUACGCUUAGCCAUUGAAUUUCUUCCAGGAUUGUUCUAUGACCUUAGCGGCAACUUCGAUGGAGCAUUUAUCUUCAUUGGUGCUGUGCAGUCUCUGGGUAUGGUUCCUCUGCUAGUGCUCAUGUACUUAAAGAUCGUCCAUGGAGAAAUCAUGCAAGAGUUACCAGGCCAAGAUGGGGGUCUUUACGGGUGGGUUGCAGUCUUGACAGCGUGGACUGUCAGUUUCAUCUGGACGGGUUUCUUUAAAGGACUUGGGAUAAUGUUUCCAACUUUGCAGGAGCAGUUUGGAACAACUACGGCACUCACUGGUUGGGUAAUUGCAGCAAUUGGCAUCACAACGGGAGUGACAGCCCCCUUUGCCAGGCUAGUUGGCCGACGAUUUGGGACCGGUGUCUCCAUUAUGAUGUCUGGGUUCAUGGUCGGUGCUGCGUGUGUUGCCGGAUCGUUUUCAUCUAGCAUUGUCCAGCUCGCUUUGAUAUUAAUUGUGUUUGCAAGUUCUGGACUUGGAGUAUCAAUGGUUCUCUCCAAAGCAGCAAUUGCUCAACGGUUUCAAACAAAUUUUGCAACAGCCGUCGGAGUUUCUAAAACAGGAGGUUCCAUAAGUUUACUUUUAUUUGCACCUCUGACACAACUCUUCCUGGAUACGUACGGCUGGAGUGGCACCUUGUUGCUCAUUGGAGCAAUCUCGUUUCAUCUUACCGUAUGUGGCGCCCUCAUGGUCGUUGUUGAUAAGAGGAGGACAUCUUUCGUGAGAAAUUAUCACAAGAUUGGACAAGAAGAAAAUCAAUCUGGGCAAGAAACCAACCACCGAUGUAGCACAUUGUGGAAGUAUGUGGUCGACAGCUUGGAUAUGAAUCUACUUAGCAAUCCGCGUUAUUGGGCAGCAGCAGUUAUUUAUUGUUCUACCUUUGUAUCAUUCGAUAUGUGGACAAUUUUCUUCGUGUCGAUGGCUCAAUCGAAAGGAUUCUCUCCCGAAGAUGCGGCGAUAUUUGUCACCGUUGCGGGCGUAGGUAACUUGUUGUCAAAACUGAUUCAAGGAUUCAUCGUAGACCGUGUAUUCAAGUCUUAUUCGGGUUUCAUGUUUGUUAUGUUAGUCACAUCAUCUUCUAUGUUCUGCGCAACUCCGUGGCUUGACACUUAUUGGCUCAUGAUGAUGUCAUCUUUCUCUGUUUUGUUUUGCCUUGGUGCCCUCACUUGUCUUCAGGAUCUUCUAUUCAAACAAGUCAUUGGCGUAGAGAGGAUGGUCGGUGUAUAUGGCUGGUUGGGGGUAAAGACAGGAGCUCUACGCUUAGCCAUUGAAUUUCUUCCAGGAUUGUUCUAUGACCUUAGCGGCAACUUCAAUGGAGCAUUUAUCUUCAUUGGUGUUGUGCAGUCUCUGGGUAUGGUUCCUCUGCUAGUGCUCAUGUACUUAAAGAUCGUCCAUUGACUGCACGCAGCUGGCCACUUAAAGAAGAGAGAAAUUGCUGAUGUAGGUGGUCUCCCAUCUUUUAAAAUAGCUGAUGACCCAAAACUUGCUCCGUGAAAGUUUAGAAAUCGUUGUCGAAGAAAACACCGUUUUGUGUUUUUCACUGUUCUUGACAAAGUGUUUGGCCAACCCGGUGUGGCGGUUUCAACUUUCCGCCGUGUUCAGUUUUCCGAAUGACCAAAUA